UCGCUCUGUAGCCGAAACCGAACGAGGCAUGCGCAAUGGGUCAUCUCGAUCUGUAGACGAUCUUUGGUUGAAAGAAAUGGCGUCGGAUAACGGACUCGCCUCUCUGGGCGUAGAGGGAGCCUCCGCAGCUGCACAUGCUCUGUCUCUUCCAGCAGAAGCGUACGGGAAUGAUCCCCGGCUGGAAGUCAUGUGGGCGAUGAAGGCCUACAACCACGCAGAAGUUUACUUCAAUCUCAUUUCAUCCGUGGAUCCAAAGUUCCUGAAGCUGACGAAACUGGACGACAAAAUCUACUCGACGUUCAGAGAAACCUUCAAAGAGCUCGACAUAAAGCUGCUGAAACCAGACGACCUGAAAUCUGACGAGGCCAAAGAGACGUGGCGUCCGUUCUGUAACCAGUUUGAAGGGCUCAUUGAAGAUUUUAACUACGGCACUCUACUCCGUCUGGACUGUGAGAAAGAUUACACGGAGGAGAAUACUAUAUUUGCCACCAGGGUGCAGUUCUUCGCUGUUGAAAUUGCCCGAAACAGAGAAGGCUACAACAACACUGUGUUCAUGUCCAAAUCUUCAAAGAGCUAGUCACCAAAUGAACUUAUCCAACCAUGUGUAACACCACCAGGACCGGCCCUCCAGGAAACAUAAAGAUGAACUCUUAGUCUUUGCUCUUCUGAGGAUACAGCUUUUUAUUUUCAUUUAAAAGGUCUUUUUAAAUCUCGGCCCUUUCAUCAGUGCUGUCUGUCAAACAGCCCCAUCCCUGUUUGGACACUUCAACCUCCCUUCUGCAUUUUGUAUUUACUGUAAAGUUGUAUUGUGCCAAUCAUAAAUGGGUGUUUAUUUUGUAACACUUAAGUUGAAUUUCUUUUCCAGUUACCAAGGAAAUCACGAAUAAAAAAAGUAAUUUUACUUAGAA